GUCAUGCCGGCAACUCAGCUAUAUGUCCCUGACAUAAACAAAACCUGACAGACCUACUGCACAUGACUGCCCUACAACCAAUCACAGCGUCGCCUCAAGAAACUCGCUCUCUCUCAUUGGACGCGGCCCUUGCCCCUUUCUGUCCAUCAAGUUGUGUAAGGAAAAUAUAGCAGCAGAGGAUGUUGUUGCCACAGAGACGAGAUCCGACUGUAGCCAAGAGGUGGGGCCGAGGACCGUGAAGUCACCCUGCAGUUUACUGUCUGGAAUUGAGGCUCUCACAUCGGGAACAGUAGCAGAAAGAUAAAGACGGAGGGUGACAGAGAAAAACUUCAGAGCCCGGAGAACAAAGAACAGCAACCAGGAGAGGAAGCUGAGUCAGUCACUGCCUCCCAGAAAUGGACUUCUUUAAACACUGGCUGUGCUGCUAGGCUGUGUCUGUACGGGCAGCUCUGAUUACACCGAGUGCCUGAUACCAUCCUCCCCUGUCAGCAGCUGGUGCAUUGUACCCUCCUUUGCCUUCACUUUAGCUUUGAGAAAUCUGCCAGGCUGGUAACCUUGACUGAGGCUGCAGCACAAUAUUGUCAUGGUGAGGAGGGUGACCAUUGUGUGCCAUUACAUAGGCUUUGUGUCUGUGUGGUGAAUCUAUAGGAUGCCCGCCUGCUGCUGCUGCUCUCAUUACCUCUCUGCUGUGCAGGUUUAGCUUCCCCUUUAGCUGCUGCCAGUUUAUCUUAUAGCGUAAAUCUUUAUUGACAUGCACUGAAUAAAACCAAUCAGGUGAAACCCUCGAACUUGUUCUAUUUUUACAGCCUCUUUUAGAAAGCCUGGGUUUUGUUGUCCCUGCUAUUGUUUAAUAGUUUAUUUAAUGGUCGCCAGAUAGGCUGAUUCAGUCCAAGAAGGAUUCAUGGUCCUCAUCCUUCUUCUUUCAGCCUAUAAAAUCUUCAGGUAUCUAAACAUGUUUAACAGUGACCGCCUUGUAGUUCCGAGCUACGUGAAUAGCAUGUGCUGGUGGCAGACGUCCGGAGGAACGGACAGAAAUAAUGAUGUCUCCCCGGGGAUCAGUGUGGACGCACAGACAUCAUUGGAUAAAGUCCUACCUGACCUCCAUGUUACCAUUUCCAACCUGAAGCAGGCAGUGGAUGCUCAGAGUAUUCGCAACAAUAUUGCCGAGAUUUUCCAAAUGGUUGAGGAGGCAUGGGUGAUGCCAGCGGUUGGCAGAGAGGUUGCUCAGGGUUUGUGUGAAACCAUAAGGCUUGAGGGGGCAUUGGACCGGCUCCUCUCACUUCUUCAGUCUUCAGAGGCAUCCGUGAAAUAUCAGGCUUGCCAGCUCCUCGAACAGGUUCUCGUGGCAGACAACAGAGAUCGCAUUGCCCGUGUAGGACUGGGUGUGAUUCUGAACCUCAGUAAAGACAGGGCAGACCCUCGGCUGGCACGCAGCCUCUCUGGCAUCCUGGAGCAUAUGUUCAAACAUACAGAGGAGACGUGCAACCAACUUAUUUGUGAUGGAGGCCUGGACUACAUUCUCUUUUGGUGCCGCUGGACUGACCCAGUGGUUUUGCGGCACUGCGCUGUUGCUUUAGCUAACUGUGCUAUGUAUAGCGGUCCCUCUAAUCAGCACCUCAUGAUCGAGAGGAGAGCAGCAGAAUGGCUUUUCCCUCUGGCCUUUUCCAAGGAGGAUGAUCUGAUCCGGUUCCAUGCCUGUCUUGCUGUCACUGUGUUGGCAACAAACAAAGAAAUUGAAAAGGAUGUGGAAAGGUCCGGCACAUUGGCAUUAGUUGAACCUUUCAUCUCUUCUUUGGAUCCCCAGGAGUUUGCUCGUUCCCUUCUAGAUAGCAGCGAUAACACUCAAGGUCGUACAGGCGAUGAUCUUCAGAGACUUGUGCCCAUGCUCGACAGCUCACGAUUAGAGGCACAGUGCAUUGCUGCAUUUUACUUGUGUGUUGAAGCGGCAAUAAAGAGUCAACAGAAGAAUAUAAAGCUGUUCAAUGAAAUUGGUGCAACACAGAGCCUAAGGAGGAUAGUAUGUUACUGCACAGAUGGAACGGUGUCUUCUCUCGCUAAAAGAGCCCUACAGAUGAUGGGAGAGGAGGUUCCUCGUCGCAUUGCACGCUCAGUCCCUAACUGGAAACCACUUGAGGUGCAACACUGGCUUCAGCAGAUUGGAUUUAGCAACUAUUUGGAUAAAUUUAUGGACAAUCAGAUUGAUGGUGAUCUACUCUUAAGACUUACAGAGUCAGAGCUGAGAGAUGAUCUUAUCAUGACUUCCAGCAUCACUAGGAAAAGGUUUAUGCGAGAGCUAGUGGAGCUGAAGACAUUUGCUAACUACUCAAUGUGUGAUCGUAGCAAUCUAGCAGGCUGGCUGGGCAGUGUGGAUCCUCGAUUUAGGCAGUACACAUACAACUUAGUGACCUCUGGCAUCGACCGUAACUUCCUUCACCACGUUACAGAGCAGCAGUUAGAAGAAGACUGUCAUAUAUCAAUAGGAUUUCACAGAGUUCGCAUCCUUUCUGCAGCAAGAGAGAUGCUGCAUUCUCCUUUACCUUGCAGCGUGGGUAAAUCUAGUGCAGAUGGACCUGAUGUUUUUAUCAGUUACAGAAGAUCUACAGGAUCACAACUGGCCAGCCUUUUGAAAGUGCAUCUGUAUCUUCGAGGAUUCAGUGCAUUUAUCGAUGUGGAAAAACUGGAGGCAGGAAAAUUUGAGGACAAAUUGAUCCAUAGUGUGAUCAGUGCCAGGAAUUUUGUCUUGAUCUUGUCCACUGGAGCUUUGGACAAGUGCAUGGGGGACAAUGACUGCAAGGAUUGGGUGCACAAGGAAAUCGCCACAGCUUUAGAGAACAGUAAGAAUAUCAUCCCAGUCACAGAUCACUUUGAAUGGCCAAACCCAAUGACCCUACCAGAAGACAUGAGAGCAGUCUUGAAAUUCAAUGGCAUUAAAUGGUCCCAUGAAUAUCAGGAUGCUACCAUUGAGAAGAUUAUUCGCUUCCUCCAAGGUCGUACAUCUCGGGAUUCUUCAGCUGGCUCUGAAAACAGCCUGGAUGGCACAUCACCUCUUGCCCAAGCAUAACUGUAUAUCCUUGGUGUGAGGCUGCUGUGCUUGCUGUUUUUUCUCUGUCUUUCUUUUUUUAUACUUUUCCAAUUUGGAUAUGAACCCUCUGAGGUACCUCCUACUUCUUGUACCUUUUUUGUCUUCCCAGGAAUUUUGUUUGUGCUCAAACCCUCCAUCUAUCAGCUUUAACUUUCUCAGGAGAUCAUAGAGUAAUUGUCGUGCUUUUCAUGGUUACUAUAAGGACAGUAUAACUCUGAUCAGUUACUUUACAUUUCUUACAAGCCUGAGAGGACGGCUAGUCUUAUUCCUGGUAAUAUUUAGCCUGUCUCCUUAAUAUCUGGAAGAAAAACAUUUCAGUAUCUGAUAAACUCUGAAUCACGGUUUGCAAUAUAAAUUUAGACUACAGGGGAUGCAUCAUUUUAUUGUAUUUCGGGCUGAUGCUUCCCAAGACCUCUGCAUGUGAGUUCAGCAAAAGUAUGCAAAUUACAACCACAGCAUUAUUUUGUUAUCUAUGAAUAUCGCCUGAGAAGUUUUCAAGGUUGCUAAAUCUAAGUAGCCUCAAAAACUUUUAAUACAGUUGCUGUCUUUUGUUGAACAUGAGAUUCUAGGUAACAAAUCAGCUGUGAGAUGUCACAUAGUGCUAAACAGAACAACAAAAUCCAAUCUAUCCAGGGAAUCCUAUUUAUAUAAACUUAACCAGGCUCAUUCUACAAUACACAGCAAUAAGGCUUUGGUUAACUUUUGGUUUGAAGAUCAUGAUAUAUCAUUAUAUAAAUAAGUAUAGCAGCAACUGAAUCUCUGCCAAUGAAAGGAGCACAGGAUAGAAAUGCAGCACUAUCCCAAAACACACAAAUUCAACAUCAAGUGGAACACACUUUCUCUCAAUGGUCUAUAAGAGAGAAUGUACAUAAUAUGGAGUACAGAACUUGAAUUAAAAACAUAAAAACAACUGGAUUUUAAACAGAAUACUUGCAAUAAAGAUGCCCUGGCAGUGUUUUCAUUGAUGUUUACAACCCUAGUGCCCGGUAAUGCAAAUAUAAUGUACACGUGUAAAUAAUUUAAAUCUUUGCUUUAGUGUAGCUAAUAUACUUAAUAUAUUGAAAAUCAAUGUUGUGUUAGCUCCUAUACAAGAUGUGAUAGCCGUUAGUGGGCAUUGAAAACUAUGAGGACUCUUGAUACUAAAUAGCUCUAGACCUUAAAGGAGAACUAAACCCUAAACAUGAAUGUGGCAAAAAAUGUCAUAUAUUAUAUACUUAACUUAUUGCA